GCCUCAGAUGGGAGGAGGCUCAUGGCUCUGAGGCUUUGUUGUUAUAGUAAAGGCUCAACCGCGGUCAGCGUUUUCCUCACCGGGUCACGUUUCUUCUGUUCAGUUUUCACCGGUGCAGAAACGGACAGUCACGAAACUGUGGAUUUUUCGCUUUGAGCAUUGAGAGGAGAGCAGAAAGGAAACUACGCGGUGAAGGAAACCACCCACAGAGAUAUCCAGUGAUGGUCUGCUGUAGAAACCAGAGUUUGUGGCUUCAGCUACGAUCUCCACCCUUUCUAACAAGUCCUGGACACUCUGGAUGAACAUCGGACCCAGUGCUCGACCUCUGACCUUAAAUGUAAUUAAGGUCGACUCCCUCAUUCCUGCUGUGAUGGAGAAUCCCAGCCUGCUGUCCGUCAUCGUGGCCUUGCUGGGUUUUCUGAGCCCGUGUCUGUCCAGACUGACCCCCAGAGUCUCCUUCCCCAUGGGUAGUCCUGGGAGACAUCUCACACGCUUCAGUAGCCAUGAUGUCAGCAACACCACAACGCUGCUGCUCAGUGAGGACGGAGACAUGCUGUAUGUUGGGGCCCGGGAUGCUGUGUUAGCGCUGGAUGUUAGCCACAAGGACGGCAUCAUAAUGAGGAGUAAGCUGGACUGGAGCCCUUCAGAGAAAGACCUUGAACAAUGCUCCAUGAAAGGCAAAAAAAUGGCUGACUGUCCCAAUUUCAUUCGUGUACUGCAGUUCUUGAACACCACCCACAUCUAUACCUGUGGAACAUUUGCCUUCAGUCCACGCUGCAUGUACAUUAAUUCAGAGACGUUAUCGAUGAGCCUCAAGACUGAUGAAGGAAGAGGUCGCUGCCCCUAUGACCCCUACCAACGCAACACUGCUAUCAUCGUAGAUGGAGAGCUGUACACGGGCACGGUGGCAGACUACAGGGGGAACCGGCCCGUCAUCUCCCGGCACCUCAGCGAGGGCAGGCGUGUUGACCUGAAGUUAGAUGAUACGUUAGGAUGGCUGGAGGAUCCAACCUUCAUCAGCUCCAGUUUCAUUCCCGAUGAGGAGAAAAUCUACUUCUUCUUCAGCGAAGUGGGCCGAGAGUACGACUUCAUCGACAAAUUCAUUGUUUCUCGUGUUUCUCAGAUCUGCAUGAGUGAUGUUGGAGGUCAGCGGACUCUGCAGCGACGCUGGACCACGUUUGCCAAAGCUCAGCUGCUGUGUCAGGCUGACAACGAGCUGCCCUACAAUGUGAUCCAGGACAUAGACACCCUCCCACCAGCAGAGGGAGCUCCUGCAGAUGACACGCUCUUUUAUGGCAUCUUCACCUCCCAGUGGUCUGUCAACUCUGGACGGUCAGUCGUGUGCUCAUUCCGCCUGGCUGACAUCAAAUCAGUUUUCUCUGGUAACUACAAAGUUCUGAACCGGGACACGUUACAGUGGAGCACAUGGGUUCAAGAGAAGGUCGCAAAUCCAGGAGAGUGUGGUCUGCACAACGCAUCUGACAACGCUCUGCGCUUUGUCAAAGAAAACUUUCUGGCGGACGACAGCGUGCGACCUGUGGGACGGAGUCUGACGAUGGUGUCUGCUGAGCACAGCUACAGCCAUCUGACCGUGCAGAGGGUCCAGGCUGCCAACAACAGAGACUACACUGUGCUGUUUCUACUGACAGAAUCUGGUUACCUGCAUAAAGCAGUGCUGCUGCAGAGCGGAGCACACAUCAUAGAGGAGGUCCAGGUGUUUGAACAGCCUCAGCCUGUCAAAAGCCUGAAGCUCUCCGAAACAAAGGGUGUGAUAUACGUUGGCACAUCAGAGGGUGUGGUGAGGGUCCCAACAGCCAACUGCUCCUUCUACUGGACCUGUCCUCAGUGUGUUCUGGCCCGAGACCCCUUCUGUGGUUGGGACCCUGCCAGCAGGGCCUGUGUGGAGGCCUCCAACACCCACAGCAGCCUACGCCAGGACAUAGACAGAGGGAACGUUGAAGAAGCAUGCAACAGUGUUUCAGUCACACAUACAGCCAGAUUUGGUCCAAACAAACUGCCUCCGGGUGAGCUGCUGUCAGUGUCUCUGAAUGAAGUGGUGCGGCUGCAGUGUCCCGCUGCGUCGCAGCUCUCCAAGCAGCUGUGGGAACGUCCCAACAGCCGGCUGUCCUCGGACCUGUACCUACACCUGGAGGACGGGAGUCUGAGCUUUGUGGCCACCCCCGCCACACUGGGCCACUACAUCUGCCUGUCCACAGAGAACGGCUACCAACAGACUAUGGCCAUCUAUCAUGUUAAACAGAAGAGCAGCCCUGUGGCUCAAACUCCAAUCAGCUACACUGGGCCUCAGACACACCCCAUACCCACCACAAGGGCUGUGGCCAGACCAGGGCCCGGACUUCAGACCUCCGUGGGGACUAAAAGAACAGAACCAAAACAAAGAGAGACUGAGCCGACGCUGUCCAGCAGGGACACUCAGGCCACCACCAGGCAGCGGGGCAGAAAUGUGACCCAGUGGACGGAGGAAUCCGGGCAGAAAGAGGCAAAGUUUCUGGACGGGGAGGCCCUGCUGUCGGCCAGAGGCCCCUGCUACCUGAAGGAGCUGGUGGUUGUGUCAGUUCUGCUGGUGCUCUGUCUCAGUCUGCUCAUCACCACGCUUCUCUAUGUCAUCAGACAGCGCUGCCGCAGCCGAACGGCACCGCAGGCAGGAACUCCAAGCAGAGACUCUGACAGGAGGACCCCUGUGGAGCAGGAGGCCCUGAGGGGGAACCAGUUUCUUAGCAAACGCAAUGGCCAAGUCCCACACAGCGGACAGGCCAGUGGGUUAGUUUGUAAUGGAGCACUCACAGGCUCGAAUGGCCAUUUGCCUAACACCCCCAUCUGAACAUUUAAACUGUGUGAGAUGACAUCAGUGGUAAAGGGAGGUCAUCCCAGGUACCAGAAUCACCAUGGCAACUGUUAGUCAGCAAAGUGGGAGGUUCUGUUUGCACAGCCAGUGAUACUGCACAAACUAUGGACUCUGCUCCUGAUGUGUAACAUUUGGUUCUAAAAAGAACAAAGACAAUAUUCCUGUGGUACUUAAAUGGAGUCACACGACUGUUAAGAUGGGACUUUUUUUGUUGACACUGACACUGUUCCAUUGUGAAUGUUCUGUGUUUUCACUUUGUAGACGGUGACAUUUGAGACGGAGAGGUACAAGUUGAUCCAGCACAGCUGGAUUUUUAAAUAUUUUUAUAGACUAGUCAAUGUUUGUUACAAAGCCAGUGACUGCCACAGAUCUCUUUUGGGGAAUAAUUGCAUUGUAGAGAGUUUAUUCAAAACACACAUGACCAAAUGUUGUCUCUCGUUUGUAAGAGAGAAUGUGGGCACGUGCUGAUUUUACAUACAGGCAGAUCAGACAUGCAUGUAUAUGCAACUCUGCCAAUUUGCUCUGCCAAACACAUUUUGGAUGAAACAUGGUUGCGUCCUGGUUUGGAAAAGGCCACAGAGGUCAGGCCAGUAGGCUUGUUUAUCUUUUGUUUGCGAGAUAGUGUUACACACAUAAUGUGAACGUGCCUUGGCGUCAGUUUAGGUGAUGCUUUGAUGGAGCUGUUGGUUCAUUUUCACUCAUCUCCUGUGCUUCAAACACUUGAAAUUCAAAGUCUGACUAAAACAUAAACUUGCACUAAGUCUCCAAAGUGCAAAUACAUUGGUUUCCAGCAGUACCCAGCUGACUAUUUAAAGGCACAGUUCAAAAAAUGAAAAAAUACAAAAAAAAAUAAAAAUUCCAUAUUUUUCCUCUUACCCGUCGUACAGUUUGUCAUAUUGGAUUGUUUUGGUGUGAGUUGCAGGAUGUUGAUAUCAGCCAUAGAGGCGUCUGCCUUCUCUCCAAUAUAA